AUGGCGAGAACCAGAAGUGGGUCAAAAAAGGCUUCAGCUAAGGAGGAUAUAACGUUGAGAUCCACUGCUUCGAUAUUCAAGAAUGCGGAUCCUGCCCUUCUUGAAGAAGACGAGGAGAAGCAGAAGAAGAAGAAAAAUAAGGCGGAGGAUGUCAACGCUGAUAAGGAACCAUUAGGAAAUGCACAAGAUGAUAUCGAAAAUGCUGGAUUCCCUUUUAAUUACCUUUACAAAUUUCAAGAUUUUUUGAAUGAACAUGUCAAUCUUUUGAAAGGAGUGCAGUUGUUACUUAUUGGAUUCUUUAUACAAUUGAUUUAUUUAAACCAAGACAAAUUUGAUCAUUUAAAACUGACACUACCAAUGAUUUUUUUCAGUUGUGUUGGUAUUGUUGCUUGCAUGGUGCUUAGUAUAGUGAGAAGCAAACUGGACAAACUUCAUGUGCCUGAUUUCAAUUACUUUUACUGCGUGUUGAUACCAUCAUUGAUUGGUAUUGUCCAUUUCGAUCGUAACUGGAUUAUUGUCAAUUGUGCGCUCAAUUACUUUGUCAUUGAUCAAAUGAAUCCAAUCUUCAAUUUGAUUUCGAGUGUGAUAUUUUUUGAGAUUUACAAGGAAGAUUCAAAAGCAACUUUGGAUACAUUUCAGUUUAUUCAAAUUGGUGCAGCCCAUUUUUUCUUCAGUUUUGCCUUGAAUCAUAUUAACGAUAUCAAUAUACAUGGCCUGGAGGAUGGGGACGUGGCUAAAGGUAAGAGUUCGUUGAAAAAGUCAGAGAUUCAACUUGUAUGUCUAUUGCUUGUGAAUAUUUUGUUUAAUCGUGCCUUAACUGAUAUGGCCUUGCCGUUGCAGAUUUUUCAAAAAUUGGCCAUCAGCUUUGUUGUUACUGGACUCUUUGCCUAUCCUGUUUUUGCAUUUUUGCCUGGGUUGGUCAACAUCGGCUUAUUUGGAGGCAUUUUCUGCUACUUGACAAUCUUUCAAUUGAACCAAGUGGUGGGAAAGAAUGCAUUAACCUGGUUGUAUGAGUACAUUGAUAGUGACCCAGAGAAAAUAUACUUGAUAAAGGUAUGGGCCAGUCUGGCUGUGGUUGUUAUACCAUUGGUGUUUCUCCUCGCCAACUCAGUGAGUUUGAAUGUGAGAAGAAAAGUUUGGCAUUUGUAUGUAAUUUUUGCAUUGACAUUUUCUGGCGAGAUUUUAUUCGGUCAAGUUCAAUUUACCUUGAUAGCGUUGCUCGGUAUGAUUGUUGUGUUUUUGAUAGUUGAGGUUUUCAGACUUAACCAAAUCAGUUUUAUUGGUAAAUACUUGUUCAAUGUGCUUGCGAAAUUUCAGGAUCUGAAAGAUAAGCAAGGACCAUUGAACUUGUCGUAUAUUUAUUUACUUGCUGGGAUUACUACUCCAGUCGUUUACGACUAUCUUGUACAUGGAGAAAGGGCCAGUGUAAUUCGGUACAUUGGACCUAUUACUUUAGGAGUAGGGGAUACCUUGGCGUCCGUUAUAGGUAGGAAAUUUGGCUCAAUCAAAUGGAAGGGAAGUGAAAAGUCGGUACAAGGUACAGUGGCAUUCUUUGUUGGCUCAUUACUUGCAGUCAAUGCUGUCGAAUACAUAAAUGCAGGAAACAAAAAGUACUUGCCCGUUGCAAAUUGGGAAAACUUGGUUGUUUCAAUCAUAUUGGCUGCUUUACUAGAAGGUACAUCUGACCUCAAUGACAAUUACUUGACCCCCAUCUUCCUUCCUGCUGCAUACGAGUUGUUGAAUAGAUGUUACUAG